GACGAUAAAAACAACAGAUAAAGUAUGUUACUAACAGGCUUGCAUAUGUUUUUGUCAAGGAAAAGACUAAAUUGGUAAAUUUGGCAGGUUUAAAUCUUGUGACUAGUUUCCGCGCGUCACUACUCUCAAUGAUAUGGAAGGUGCUGGGAUAUCAUCUAACGUUACACAUAAUUCCUGCGGUGUUAGCACUUCAUCCAUCCAGUCGUCUCUCCGAAAGGCGCCGUCGUACAGAGCUGCUAAAUUAGACCCAUUAUCACCAUUACAUUUUCAAGGUCAGCGCGGUCAGUAUGAUCCAUAUUCAUACAAGGAAUCUCAGUCAAAGUUGGCGACAAAACUGUCCAAAAAUUCUACUCUGCCAAUAAACGUCGGCAACAGUCCACGACAGCAGAUUUCUAACACAAGCACACAGAUCUUCAGCCUCAACAGCUCAGUGAGUGAGCCUGUAUGUAGGAUAUGUCAUGGGACGUCAAACACAGAGCAGCUUAUGUCCCUCUGUUACUGCGCGGGGUCUAUUGGUCUGAUGCACGUGUCCUGUCUACAGAGAUGGUUAGGUUCCUCUGAUAAGACCCAGUGUGAGCUUUGUCAUUUCAAUUUUGCCAUGGAGAGGAAACCCAAACCAUUUUACAUGUAUUUAUCUAAUCCUGGAACUAAGGGAGACAGAUACCGCCUUGUGUUUGAUAUAGUAUGCUUGUGUCUUUUGUCACCUUCCACGUUAACUGUGGUGUCUCUGUGUAUCUACGGCGCAUCCCUUUACCGCCCCUACAGAGCGGAAUUUGUGGGCCUUUUAGCCCUCGGCAUACUCCUAUUAGUUUUGUUUACCGUCUGGUUGAUGAUAUGCCUACGAAUGAACAUAAAGAAAUGGAAAGAAUGGAAACAGUUUAACCAAAGAGUAAAACUGAAAUGCAGUCCACCAAAGGACGACAACAGAUGUACCCAAAGAUCCUCAGAGGUAGGCUUACAGACCACAGGUAAAACAUCACAGAUGGGGGUGAAGAUAAGCAGUAUAGAAAUCAAAGUGACAACCCAUGGUGAAGACAACAAACCUUUCGCAGCCUCUGAUGAUUUCCAACGGAAGAAACCGCCUGAAAAACGAGGCAUGGCGUCUGUUUUACGACCCAUUCCACCUAUCUCCUAUAACUCACAAUAUUGUCGCACGGAUAGUUCAGUUGUCCCUGAGACUAGACAGAGCCCUGCCAGGUCAGGCGAAAUCUCUAGAGAACAGUGUUCCGGGAACUACAUUUCAUCCUCAUCCUCAUCCAGGGAGAGUGCUUCAUUAGGGCAGCACAAACGUAGGGUGACCCCUGUAUACCAUGGUGUACAUCAUAGCCGGUACUUAAGGACAUCUUCUACAGAGGAAUCACGAUUUCCCGAAUCUCUGUACAGUUCCUCGUCACGAGAAAAUGGCAGUCAGAUAUCUAGCACACCUUACAAUAUGUCAGACACACGGGCCAGAUUAUCAUUCCCAGUACAGGAAGUAAAAGCCCCUGGAUUACAUGACUUUAAUUCGACUAUUGUUUAUCCUGAGGAAAGGUACAUCUAAGUUACUGAGAAAUACUUCUGUACCAAAAUACUCAUUCACCUCUGCAUGUUGUUUGUUUUAUGGUAGUGUGUUUGUUAGCGCAAAUAGAUAAUUAAAUUAUGUAAAGGA